UGCAGUUUCAAUUUGUUUUAUUCACCAUUUUGUGUUGGUAGCUGAAGGCAAAUUUAAAUAUAUUCGCAUUCGGAGAUAAUAUAUUUUAAUUUUUCUAUUUUUUUUCUUUAAGCGCGGAAUUUGGGUGUUUUAAAAAAACUUUAAAUACGUCGCUCGAGCUGCUCAGCAAGCUAGUUAGCUUGCUAACUAGCCAGCAGAGACAGACAGACACACACAGACAGACAUUCAAGCUAACGCCGAAAGGAUUAUUUUUCCCCCUUGAAUUCUCCUGUUCACCGUACUUUACAUCUCGGUCAUUCAAGAAAAUGUCGAGACCAGUGAGAAACAGGAAAGUGGUGGAUUAUUCGCAGUUUCAGGAAUCUGAUGAUGCAGAUGAGGAGUAUGGAGGAGACUCAGAUAGACUGAAGAAGGCACGAUCUCCAAAAGAGUCGAAGCACAAAAAGAGUUCAGGGAAGGACUCUCAGGAAGACAGUGACAAUUCUGAGGAUAAGGUCAAAAAUGACGAUUCAGCAGAUGACUUUGGCAGCGAUGAAGACAAUGACUUUGAGGGUGACGAGGAUGGUGGAGACAGCGAUUAUGAUGGCAAGAGGGGCAAAAAGGGCAAGAAAGCCAAGUUUGACAAGUCCAGCAAGCGGGCACAGAAGAGGAAACUAGAUGCAGACGACAGCGACAAUGACGGGGGGGUGAGAAAGAAGGUGCGGCAGGUACGACAAGCAGCCACCAAGGCGGUCUCCAAACAGAGGGAAAUGCUGCUGGAUGAUGGUGGAAGUGAGGAUGAGGAGAAUGAUGAAGAGGAGCAGGCCUACAAUGACAAGGAGUCUGGCAGUGAUGAGGACUUCAUGAUGGAUGACGAUGAUGACAGCGACUACGGACAGUCCAGGAAGAGGAGUAAGAAGGUGGUGAGGAGAAGCAAGCCGGAAAAAAAGGCAGCCAAACCAAGGCUAAAAGCCACAGUGACACCCAGCCAAACAAAGAGUAAGGGCAAAGGACGACCCAGCGCGAGUAAGACAGUGGAAAAGGCCUUGCCUAAAGAAGAAGAGGAGGAAGAGGAGGACGAGGAGGAUGCCCCAGGGAGUUCUCAGGAGGAAGAGGAGCCCGUGGCAAAGAAGGAUUCCCCUGCUCGCAAGAAAACUGCUGAGGUGCCUGACGAAGAGGAAGAUGUGUCGGAGGAAGAAGCACAGUCAGGGGAAGACUAACUGUGUCCGGCCGAGUCGUGUUACGUUUGCUCUUCGCUGUUUUUGGUUUUUCCAAGUUUUUAUUUUUUCCCUUUUUUUCUAAGAGCUUUGGAUUUAACUUUACAUGUUGGCCUGGCUCAACUGUUUAAACAUUUAUUUUGACUCAUAGGCCCCAAAUUUGACAGGACUUUAGGUACAAGUAGAACAAGCGCAUGUUUUUCAAGUGUGUGUCUGUCUGGUCUGAGAGUGAGAGAGUAAGCAGGCACGCAUGGUUUCAUGAUCCAACUUACCAGAGUCCACACCCUCAUCCAUAUGGCCCAAAUAGUGAGAUUCUUGCUCAUUUUAAUUUCUUUCCUCAGUGUUAAAAUUGAGAGAGUGUUUUCUGUGUCAAGUGACAGACUUCAAGGUCAGAGAAAAAAAUUUGCAUAGGCUCAUGAACUUGCAUGGUUACAGAAAGGUUUUCCUCCUCAUUGCAGGGCUACAAUAUCUUGAAUUAUGAUCAGUUUUUAAAUGUAUGCUCAAAGGUUUUUUUUAAAUAGUACCUUUAUUUUCCAAAUAAUUCAUAACUUUUAAAGUUGCCUGAAGUUAAAAUUAAUUUUUUGUAAUCGAGGGUGAAAGUGUGUGUGUUUUGGGUCCUGUGUGUGUUUUGGGUCCUAUUUUAGCUAUUUCUGCAUUGGUUGUGCUGGACAGUUUAAUCCAAAAGUGAGACAAAGUGUGCAAUACUGCUGUUUUGAAAUUAUCCAUAAACAGACUAAUUGUUUUGAAACAUUUUAAAGGCUUAAGUGCACAUCUUUAGAUUCGUCAGGAUGUUUUACACAAAUUCUUUACAAAUGUUAAGGUUUCAUGUUGCUGUUUUGCCUAUAUUCUGUAGCCAUGUUGAGAGCCAUGUAGUGUUUUGCUCCCUGUCUGGUCACUGGCUGACACCCAAAGUUAGUGUGCGCAAGAGCAAAGUAUGAUUAUCAGUGUGGCUUGGACAACUCAUAUGGUAGGAUAUUUGGGUGUGUGAGACUUCAGCUUUAACCCCCUGUACAGUUGUGGCCCAGUAGUCUCAUGCAAACAGCUGUAUUGAAUGAGUGAGUGAAUGAGGUUAUUACAGGUAGAUCUUUUUGUUUGCAAGAGGGCUGGGGAGAUUGAUUAUAUAUUUAAGCUUUGGGAUGCUUGUAUGUUGUGUGUUUUAUGACUACGAGCCCUGUGCUGUAUUGAAAAGGCAUUGUCACUGUUCCUAAUGUGCGAUGAAGAAGCAUCCCCUGCAUUUCAGUCAUUUCUGCCAGGCUUGUUUCCCCCCCUUUUUUUUUUUCUUUUUUUUUCCCCCCCCUCUUAUUUAGAUUUCAGAAUUCAGAAAUGUCUUUCUUUCCUCUGCACAAGUUUUUGUAAUUUUUUAUUAAAACGAUAAAAUGUACCUUGAUUUUAAAAAAAAAAAAAAAAAAAAAAUCAUCUCGGGGAAAAAAGUUGGAAUAGGGUAUUGCGUGACGGAGGCCAAUGAAAGGUUCACCUCAGUUGUUAUGUGGUUUCUGAUUUGUCAAAGCCAUUCCAUUCCAGUCCUUAAUCUGUUACAAAGCUGAACUGAAUCCUUGCAGUGGGCUCUGAAUUUACUUGUUAAGAGGGCUUCUGUCUUUGGGGGGGGGGGGGGUUUAGCUGCUCAGGCUGGCAGUGUUCAGCUAAAUACUAACAGCAAAGAGUUACUCUGCCUCACCUGUUACGGGAUCCCUAACAUGCCACUAAGUACACUGUGACGACUGCGCAUAUAAGCACCCUGUUAACUGAGAGGAGUAUUGGGGAAAAAUGGUCUGCGAACAGUUCAUUCAUGUUUGAGUAAGCGUUCCAAAAUGGCUUGUGCUUUAAUUUAGAAUUGGGAUUACUAAUUAACCCUCUCAGGGCCAAAUUCAUACUAGCAGUAGGAAGAAAUUUAUACCAGCUGAUAAUUUGCAGCAUUGCCUAAAGAGGGUUAAACCUACAAUGUACAACAUCAGUUUUCUGUUGUAGCCCAGUGGUGUGUUUUUUUUUUUUUUAUAAAUGGGAGUUGUUUUCCAGUGUGAAGGCAGAUAACUGAAUCAAUGGGUCUUUACAGAUAAAAUAUGAAAUUGAUUGUAUACCCUAAAGCUACCCUCUCCCAUGUAAUCAUCCUUCAUAGAAAUUAUUUAUACAACAAUGUGAAACUUGUACUUGGACACUGCUGAUGGAGCUUUGACCGCAUUGAUGUGGCACAGUGCACCGCUUGCCCUGUUCAAGUGUGUGUCCAAUAAAAUGUAUUUUGUUA